GGAGGGACCGGACCGUCAAGUGGCCAGCUCUCGAGCCCGCCCGCCCACCGCGCGCCCACCGCGCGCCCACUCUACACCACACCGGGAGCAGCGCGUGAUAGGGUUAGGCUUAGGAUGAUGCCAGGGAAGGGGAAAAAAAUCUGCACAGUGACACAACUCGAGUAAAGAGGAGGCGGUUGAUGAGUGAGAGUAAAACUGAGAGAGUUACGGAACAAAGGACAAAUAAAGAACACAGAGGGACAGAAAAUAGCCGGAAACUCGCUGCAGGCUGGUUCUUUUCUGCCCGCACCGAUGUCCGAAGCCCGACCGGUGCUAUAGAAGACAGUCGACCGAGGCAGAGCGCACAGGAACGGCCACUGGAGUGGAAGGCUUCGGGGUUCGGGCACCGCUGGAGCUCUUCUCUGUAACUGAGUCUCUAUGCAAGGACAUUGCAGCUCAUUGUUAUUACAAGUGGAAGUAGCUGUGUGUCCUGUAACAGGCCGGUGACCUGUUUUGCAGUCCAGUGAUGGAUUCCCCCACAGAUCUUUUCGAUGACUCUGCUCCCCAGAUGCACACAUUUGCUCCCACUCACAGCUCCACAGAUCUCCCUGGAGUUCAUCCUCAGCCCAGUGCAGGUCGCCCUGCUCCUGCCUUUAGACCCUCUGGCUUCCCCCUCAUCCACCACCUCCUCCAGCCAGGUGGAGCCCCCAGGAGGAUCGGAGGGCAACUCAACACAAACCUGAACACACGCCGACACCUGGAAGACAGAAAUCUGGAGGAGGACAGGGGGGAGAGGAAUGGACAGGUGGAGCAAGGCAUGGAAGGAGAGGAAGGAGUGAUGAAAGAAGAGGACAGCUUGUUGGGGGUUAAGAAGAGGCACAGCGAUGCCACCCUCGUGGCCGAGUGGAGUCAAGACAUCUUGAAAGUGAAGAGGAUGAAGCUGGAGAGCCGACCAAGAGAUGGAGAGGCAGAGGAGGGAGGCAGGAGGCGCGAGGGAGGGAGGGAGGGGAAGAGAAAAGAGAGGGAGGAGCUGAAAGAACAGCUGGAGGAGGCAAGAGAGAGACUGCAGGCCCUGCAGGAGAAAGUAUGGAGGGCUUUUGGGGAAAACCACAUGGCAGAGGAGGAGGAGAAGACAAGGAGGUGUAGAAACAGAGGAGGAGAUGGAGGAGAAAGAGAUGCUGGGAUGAUGGAGGAGGAGGACGUGACAGAAGGGAUGUACGAUGAAGAGGACAUUGAUGGUGGAGAGAUGGAAAAGGAAACGUUCUCCCUUCUUUCUGUUUCCCCUUUUGACAACUUCCACAAACAGAGAGAAGAGAGGCAAAAAGACCGAGGAGAGAGAGGAAGUGGAGGAGGGCUGCACUUGGAGGGCGUGAUGGAGGGAGCGGGGUUGUGGCUGGACUGUGGAGGGCUGGUACGUGGAGAUUGGCAUGGAGGGAUAGAAGACGAGGGCGAGGAGGGAGGGCAGAAGUUUGCCCAGGCGCUGAAGCUGGAGUUGGGUAGCGCUGUGGCUCGAGUCAUCGACCGAGUCCUCCGCCUUUACACUGAGAUGACAGACGUCACUUCAUCCUCUCCUCCUGCCGCCAUCUCUUUCCUCCCAGCCGACGCAGGAAACGAUGAAGGGAGGGAGAAGGGGGCCUGGAUGGGACUAUUAACGAGAGGAACAGAUGAGGAAAAGAUCAGAGGUAAGGUGGAAAAGACGGGAAGGCAGGACGGAGAAAGAGAGCAGCAUCUCCAAAAGAGGAGCAACGGGAGCGCCCUGCCUCCUCGCACUGAAGCUUCAGAUCUGGCCAUGCCAUUGGCUGUUCAAAGGUCACCUGACAUACGAAAAGCCCACCCACUCCUCGGCCCACCUCUCUCCACUCACCUGAAUCCCUCCCAUCCCAACCUCUCCCUUCAUCCCCCUUCUCUACCUCGCCCUCCUCCUCUUUCUCAUCCUCCCCUCCUGCCUCCAGCUUCACAACCCAAGGACCUCUCCUCCUCCUUCCACGUGUCCUCCUCCUGCUCUUCUUCUUCCUCAUCUUCCUUCCCCGUGCCUCCCCCUCCUCCUCCUCCUCCCCCUCUCCACUACUCCAUGCAGCAGCUCUUCUCUCGCUCUCUCCACCACCCUCAGCUCCCGCACCUCCCUCCGUCCCGCAAGGACUACUUGAACUCGGACCCUUUCCUGGAGUUCUCGUCUCACCCCUCGUCUCACCCCUCUUUCCCACCACUCUCCUUGCUCGGUCACCUAGACCCCUCCCUCACACGCCACGCUCACGGAGGCAGAGAGAGAGGGAUGAGGGGGGAUGGGGGGAUGAGGGGAGGAGGAGGGAUGGACGGAGGAGAGCUCUACCUAACUGCUGGGGGAACCCAGGAGGGCUUGUCUCCCUGCCAUCUGAAGAAAGCCAAGCUCAUGUUCUUCUACGCACGUUAUCCCAGCUCCAACACGCUCAAGACUUACUUUCCUGACGUCAAGUUUAACCGCUGCGUGACCUCCCAGAUGAUUAAGUGGUUCAGUAACUUCAGAGAGUUCUUCUACAUCCAGAUGGAGCGCUUUGCACGACAGGCUGUCCGCGAGGCUCUCACCCGGGAUGGUGCACCUCGUCUGGGCAGAGAGAAUCAGAUGCGAGUGGGGCGCGAUACAGAGCUUUACCGCAUACUGAACAUGCACUACAAUAAAAGUAACGUCUACCAGGUCCCAGAGAGGUUUAUCGAGGUAUCAGAAGUGGCUCUGAGGGAGUUUUACUCAGCCAUUUGGACUGGGAGAGACAGCGACCCCUGCUGGAAGAAAGGGAUCUAUAAAAUUAUCUGUAAGCUUGACAGUCCUGUACCGGAUGCCUUCAGACUGCCUGGAUGUCCUGUUGGCUGAUGAUUGAACCACUUUCAUCUGGUACACAAAUGUAUGCAUGCAUGGUAUACCAAUGCAUGCAUAAAACACAAACUCACUGAAAAAAAGAACAUUUUAUUAAAGCAUUCACAAACUGUACAACACUAUAAGAACUGAUAAAAUCCAAACAAUUCUACUAUUCGGUUCAUUCAUUAUACAUUCAUUUUGAGAAAAAGAUAAUUUUAGAGGAUAAUGUAUUUAUAUAUAUAUAUAUAUAUAUGUAUACGACAUAUUGUGCAGGAAAAGACACAUAUAUGCUUAAAUGGACAGACACACACAGGGUGAAUAGUUCUACUGACACCCUCAGUGCUGUGAUAAGAGUCUUGUGACUGCAGUUAUCAUGGAACGUGACCAUGCAAUUGAAUUAAAACAGGACAGAACAGGAAUUCCCUUUCAAAACAUUUUUCAUCAGUCAGAUGACUUGUGAAAUCACAGUGCUGCUACACGGGGGUGAUAAAACUGUCAUUAAAAUAAGAGUUGCUGUAGCCACAAUGCUGGAAUAGACUGAUUGACUGGUUUUUUAUUAACAAUGUCAUGGAAAUAUGCAUAGAGUGUGUCUGGUGUGUUACCAGGAGAUGGCUACUGUUUCAGAUGUAAAGUUUCAGGAGCAUCAUUCCCUGGCUUCAUUCACAUGAAAACAUAAUAAACAUUCCCUGGCAGUCCCUUGCAGAGGAUUGCCAUUCACCCAAAAAUGCCAUUCUAUGCAUUCCCUCAGUAAUCAAAUGUACUGCAGACUGUUUACCAAGCAUGGACGCUGCUGAACAAAUACACGUUUCAGAUACUUUCAGACAAAAAGUCCACAACCUGAGCACAUACCAACUUUCUCAGAUUGGGUGCCCCAUUUUCCUCAACAUCACUUUCACUGUGAGCAGUGUUCCUACUCGGAAAAACCCAGCUUCCUGAUGGACAUUUCUUUUAAGAAAAGCGUAAUAUUGCUGUGUAAUCAUUAGCAAUCUUGCACAACCAGCACUCAACUAUCACACCCAAACAUUUCAAUGUUGCUCUCUCUCAGGAGUGUGUAUACAGUUUUACAUUAGAGACUUGUCAAACCAUCAAAUAUGAUUGUUUGCUAGAAAUAAACUGCAAUUGUUGCCUUGUGUGUGGGCUUCUCUGGAGUGUUAGAAGGAGUACCUUUUUUGAUCAGUGUGCCCCACAGCAUUUACACUUUAGUUACAGACAUGUUUCCACAUCUGUAAGGAUGCUUUGUAUCCACUAAAGAAAUCAGGCUUGGGAAUCUUUGAAGAAACCAUGAGGACCAAUCAUCAUUAAUGUUACACAAUAUAUUGGAAAUGUACUUGUAAGACUUAAAAAAAGAAAACAUGAAGCUGCCCUUCGUCAAGAGAAGUGGUUUCAGUCAUGCCCUUCGUCAAGAGAAGUGGUUUCAGUCAAUGGAUUUAUUUUGCUUGUAUAUCCAUCUCUUUGUUCAAUUUUGAAUUAUUAUAUAGCUUUUGUACAUGAUGGCACAAUGUAUUUAAAAUUCUGCCAGGAUGGGAGAAUAUAUUGAAUUUAAAAUAUUAAAAAUAAUGUUCUGUUGUUUUUUUUGAUGUACUCUUAUUGUUGAAAUAUUCACUUCUGUUUUUGUAUUCCUUAAAUGUGAUGCUAAACUAAAUAGGCCGGUUGCACAGUUAGUAUAUAUUGACAUUUGUUUCCCAAAGAUAUUUGCGGAAACUUUCCAUCUACUGUAUAUCAUGACUCUUUUAUCUGGAAGAAACUUGGGUUUCUGUUCAUUAAAAUGUUGCUCCUCUGGCUUAUUCCCCCCCUCUGUGAAACCGAGCCCAUAUGUAAACUAUUUGUGACGUGUUUUCAAGUGCAUGUUUCCUAUAUUUGCAUAACAUUUUGUAUUGUUAUCUCUUUCUCUCAUGGCUUUUAUUGGUCUCUCUUUUAUAUUGUACUUGUACAUAUUGUAUUCUUUAGAGCUGUGCCUCAUUCAGACUUUGGUGAACUUUGGUGUGUAGACUUAUCAGUGAAUUAAAGUGAUACCAGGA